UACAAGUUGAAGAGCGAAAUGCUUUUUUUCUUUUUUUUCAGCGCACUCAUUUUUCCAUAGUAAAGCAUCAAAAUUUUGCCUUAUUUCUUACUACGAAGCCAAGACACCCAAAAUCAUUGAAUUGGAAGCGCUGUUCCACAGACGAAUGUGCGCAGUACGCGUAACGGCCAUGGUUGCCACUGGCUUCGCCGCACAAUCGAUUCUGAGAGGAGCAAUUCCUUCAUUUCUAUCUACUCGUCCCACUAGUCUUAUCCUCCCAACACCUUUGCACACCUCAGCUUUUGGAAUAUGCAGCCUACCACAGGCUAUUAAGGGUGAUGCUGAUAUUUUACUGAAAGGAGUGGGAAACAAGAACACCAUUGAAGAUGUGAAAUGUAUCAUUGAACUGGCGAAACGGGCAUCAUUAAGACGAGAAGUUUCACAUACUGAUUUUCUGACUCCACCUGUCUUAAAAGAGUCAAUGCUAGUCUUAGAAAAGUUAGCUGACCUAAAAGUAGUGGCACAAGGAGGAUACCCAGAGGCCGAAAGAUGCCGGCUCUCAGUUGGACACCCAGAGGCAUUAACAAGUGAUCCAGACAAUGUUGCAGCUUUGAGUAUUUCAGGGAAUUUUUCAUUUCAACCUUGUUCUCAUGGUGAUUUCCUUGGUGCAAUCCUUGGUACAGGAAUUGUAAGGAAUAAGCUGGGAGAUAUUCUCUUGCAGGGUGAAAAGGGAGCUCAUGUUCUUGUUGUUCCAGAACUUUCUGACUUCCUUGUAUCAGCAGUGGACAAGGUUGGAAAUGUUUCUGUCUCUUGCAAGAAGAUUCCAUUGCUUUCCCUUGAAUAUGAACCACCAAGGACAAAGACCUUAAAAUCCAUUGAGGCAUCAUUGAGACUUGAUGCCGUGGCUAGUGCAGGAUUCAAAGUUUCACGAACUAAAAUGGCCAGUUUGAUUAGUAAUGGUGAUGUUCGUGUCAAUUGGAGCACUGUGACAAAAAGCAAUACUACCAUUAAGACUGGAGACAUGAUAUCAGUUAGUGGAGAAGGUAGACUUAAAAUUGGAGAAAUAAGCUCAACUAGCAAGGGAAAGUUCGCUGUUGAGCUCAUCCGGUAUUUGUAAAGCAUGAAGUUAUUUGGCGAUACUGAUUCCAACGACUUAAAAGCUGCUACAGAUACUUAUCAGGCACUCAUUUUCCAUGGCACCGCUCUGACACUAACAAGAUUAUGUAUCCUUAUACGCAAAAGAUUUCCUCUCAAGUUUGCCCUGUUACAGCUGUGCGCCUGAGGCCAGUUCUAUGUUGUCUGCUGCAUUUUCGUGGUUCAACCAUCAGUGUGAGAGAAAGCAGAAGGGUGAAGGAUGAGACAGAUUUGAACUUGCUCUCUCUAUAUUUCCUGAUUCCUCUAUAGCAAUUCCCUAUAAUAGUUGAUGGCUGUAACUGGUUAGAGUCUGUUAAUUGUUGUACAAUUUGUUUUAUACCAUCAGUAAAGUUGAAAAAAAUACUCAUUCAUCA